ACCUAGUUGCUGCCUGUCUGUUGACGUAGGUAUCCCCUGGAUAGACGCUCUAGGCAUCCGAACUCCGGGUUCACGUCUGUUAAUAAGACACCGGUGGCAGGUUGUAGGGCAUAUUCCAGUUGUGACAUUCUCCUGAUCCCAACAAAACCCCCUUCGAGCCCCCCUACCCCACCUUUUCUUGUUCUUCUGCCAACGGCUUGAACGAAGAGAAGGGCGAUCAUGCCUACCGACAGCUUGAAAAUGGUGGGCCACCUUGUCCCUGGGCGCCGCCGGGCGACCUCGAAUGCGAGCAGUCGAUCCUCUGGGGAAGCAACGGAAGAAGAUGACACACUCGUGGUCGAGCCCGAUCAAGGAAAUGUCCUCUCGCACAUUAUCUCCCAGUUGAGACCGGGCGCCGACCUCAGCAGAGUGGUACUGCCAACCUUCAUCCUGGAACCACGCAGUAUGCUUGAAAGGAUCACCAACUUCAUGUGCCACCCCGAGAUGCUAUUGCCGAUUCCCGAAAUCGACGACCCCGUUGAAAGAUUCGUCGCCGUGGUAAAAUUCUACCUCAGUGGCUGGCAUCUCCGUCCUCCGGGAGUAAAGAAGCCCCUCAACCCUAUCCUCGGCGAGAUCUUCACCUGCAGCUGGGAAUUCCCCGACGACACAAGGGCCUAUUACAUCUCCGAGCAGACCUCGCAUCACCCACCGAAAUCAAGCUAUUUCUACAUGGUUCCGGGACAUCACAUUAGAGUCGACGGGACGCUCAAGCCCAGGAGCAAGUUCCUGGGGAAUUCUGCCGCCAGUAUGAUGGAGGGUAUCGCCAUCUUGUCGAUUUUAAACAGGGGGAAAGAUCCGGUAAAAGGCGAACGAUACAUCCUCACGCAACCGAACAUGUACGCCAGGGGUAUCUUAUUCGGCAAAAUGAAGUAUGAGCUCGGAGACCACAGUUACGUGCGGUGUCCGGGUACGGGACUAUCGGCCGAUAUCGAGUUCAAGACCAAGGGUUGGGUUAGUGGCACAUACAACGCUAUUGGUGGCGUGAUCAAGAACGACCACACAGGGGAGAUACUCUACGAACUCUCAGGUCUCUGGAGCGAGGAAAUGUUUAUCAAGGACGUGAAGACCGGACGCAAGGAGAUGUUCUUCAAUGCCCAGGAAGCGAAACCCAGUCCUCCCAUCUGUCGACCCCUGGAGGAACAAGAGGAGAGGGAAUCGCAGCGACUAUGGGCCAAGACGGCACGAGCUGUGAAGAAACGCAACCACGAGCUUGCAACCGAGGAAAAGACAAAGAUCGAAGACAGGCAGCGCGAGGAAGCCGCCAAGCGAGCCGCGGACGGCGUGGAGUGGCACCCCAGGUUAUUCAGGAGGGUCAGAGGCGGCCCUGGUGGGUCGGAAGAGGGCGAGGAAGAUCUCGAGUGGAUCAUCAACGCCCAAAUAGACGGAUCUACACCCGAGAAGCAAGCGGAGCAGAUACUGGCCAUCUACCCGAUCCUCAAGGGCCAACAGUUCCGUCAUGAAAACGCGAUUCCGCCCCGAGCGCCGCCGUCUGACGCGGAAGACCAGCAGAAGGAGCCAAAUAGCGAGGACGGCAAUCUAAUAGACUUUGGUGACGAGAAAUCAUCAGUAUCGCCGCAGCCAUCGAAUGGGGAGCAAAGCCAGGAGCAAGAUCAAGGAUACCGGCCACCCAUUGACCCCUCUCACAACAGCACGAGCGAGAUUCAAGAGAUGCUUUCCUCGACAGGGAGCCGUACCAAAGAGGGUCCCUUGGUCGACUUUCAUGAGGAUAUGAAGAAGGACCUACCUGGCGGCAUCAAGCGGACCAACACGGCCGAGUCGGAAGACGUGUUCGUUGACGCCCAAGGCUAGAAAUCGCUCAACGACGGCGCUCGUCCCUCGAGCCAUCCUUCAUUGCAGCUUUUGCGUUGCGAGUUCCAUAGACCCAACUUCGGAGGUUGGAUAGGUAGUCCGGAAUGGGAUGAUAAUCGCGUCAGGUGUGCGUUUGUGUGCCGACUCGGAAGGGCGCUCCGGUCCGGUGGAUUUAGUAGAGAUGAUACCUUGCAAAUGGCUACAGUUUUCUCUCCGCUUCGGGAUUGGGAGGCGUCGGCAUUUCCAUCUGCACAUGCUUUACUCCGCAAUCUUCGGUCUUGGGUCUAGCUCAAACGGACGAGCUUCCCACACACAGUGAUUAAACAGAGUGAGCAGAAUCUGGUAUCAAAGUGGCUCCCACGCUCUAUAAUAAAUGUUCUCUUCCAACCCCUUUCCCAC